GGAACAAUUCAUUGUAGGACUCCAUUGCCAUGGUGACUAAGGGAAGAAGGAAGUUAGCUAGCAGUGUGUGUAUGGCUCGUAUGGCUGCCAUUAAGUAGAUACAUAAGUAGUGAAAUAAACGUCAACGUCACGAACAACAUGAAGCUUUACAGCAUUGGGGUGCUCUGUAAAGGACCAACGAAGACCAACCUCCUGAAAGCUGCCUAUGAGUUGUCAUCGUUUAGUUUCUUUCAAAGAUCAAGUGUACAAGAGUUUAUGGCCUUCACUUGUUCUUUGAUUGUUGAGCGUUCUGCAUGUGGCAGUCGGUCUUCAGUAAAAGAAAAAGAGUACAUGUGUCAUGCCUGUGUGCGGGAUGAUGGUCUCAGCGCUGUGGUGGUCGCUGACAGCGAGUAUCCACAGCGGGUUGCCUUCUCACUUAUAGACAAGGUGCUUGAGGAGUUCUCUAGACAAGUAGACUCCACAGAGUGGACCACAGGUUCUCCUGAUACAAUCCGUUACACUGCACUGGAUUCUUACCUUGCUAAGUACCAGAAUCCAAAAGAAGCUGAUGCACUUACAAGAGCACAGGCUGAGGUUGAAGAGACCAAAGUCAUUUUGCACAACACUAUGGAGUCUCUGCUGCAGAGGGGAGAGAAGCUGGAUGACCUGGUGCAGAGGUCGGAGCACCUGGGAGAUACCUCCAAAGCCUUCUACAAGACUGCACGGAAGCACAAUUCCUGCUGCAAAAUGAUAAUCCAAAAGAAGCUGAUGCACUUACAAGAGCACAGGCUGAGGUCGAAGAGACCAAAGUCAUUUUGCACAACACUAUGGAGUCUCUGCUGCAGAGGGGAGAGAAGCUGGAUGACCUGGUGCAGAGGUCAGAGCACCUGGGAGAUACCUCCAAAGCCUUCUACAAGACUGCACGGAACCACAAUUCCUGCUGCAAAAUGAUGUGAGCUCACUGCCUCCCCAAAUGUACCCUCCUACUCCACUUUCCUCUCUGCCUCAACUUAUCAGCCACCAGCUACCUAUUGGGAAUGCUGUCAACUUUACUUGGGCAAUCACAGUGUUUUAAGACAGACUUGUGUGAGGUGACUGACUGUAGGAGAGCUUGGUUUCCAUAUAGGUCAAAACUAUUGGACUUGCUCAGUGUAAAAGUUAUUUAUCUAAGAUGUCUUGAGUGAUUAGUAAUUAGGCCUACUGACUGUAGUGUGUUCAGUUGCCUUCAUGCCUUCAAUAAAUGUGAACAAGUCUUCAAGUGCA